AUGGAAGAUUCAGGAGCGAUUCUCUCUCACAUUUCAUCUCUGAAGGAAAUGCUUGACCAGGUCAACGAAGAAAUCGAAGCUCAUAUUCAGAUCACACGAGAGAUCGAAUCCAGCAUCGUCAAAUGCGAGGAGAUGGAGACUCAUUUUGCAACUAAGGAAGCUGAAUUGAUCGCAAUCAGUGCCGGUUUGCAGUUCGACACGGUUGGUUAUGUAACUGUUGCUGCUGAUUUCAAGGCAUCAGUGAACACUUUGGAGAAAGAGCUAUGUUGUCUUAAAAUCAAGCGGGAUGAUAUGGUUAAUAUAACGGGUGUAAAACGGGAAGAAUUUACAGCACUAUGCCUAAAAUUUCAAAAAGAAAUUGACAAGAGGGAAAAUUUUAAAGUGAGGACUUUGUUGUCUGAGAAAUAUUUACUUGAAAAUGAAAUUCAAGUUUUGGAUGACAAGAAUUGUGUUUUGAAAAAUUCUGUAUUGGCAUUUGUAGAGGAAAUCCUUGAAGAUCUUCACAGUUCAAACUCAGCAUUAGAAGGUGAGGUACAGAGCAAGAAGUGGGAAAAUGAGAGAUUGCUUAAAGAUAUCGAUGAAUUGAAGACUAUACUGCAUUCAACAAUUGGGACCAGUGAUAAUCUACUGUAA